UUCUUUUCAAAAGAACGACCCACGGCCAUACAAGGCUGCAGCUGCAAGUGGGCUUUAUGGCCCAUAGACCAUCCCACAAAAGCCCCCUCUCGCAGACCCGCGCCAUCUCCCCCACCGCGUCCCGACCUCUCCCGGCUUCCACCCUUCCCCUCCUGGGCUGCUCCUGCCGGCGCUCCGCUCACUGCUCGCCGGCGCGCCAUGAAGAUCGCGGUGGAAGGGUGCAUGCACGGGGAGCUGGACAAGGUCUACGACACGCUGCGCAGUCUCGAGGAGACCGAGGGCGUCAAGAUUGAUCUCCUCCUCUGCUGUGGCGAUUUCCAGGCUGUUCGGAAUGAGAAUGAUUUACAGUGUGUUAACGUCCCACCAAAGUUUCGUACCAUGAACUCAUUUUGGAAGUACUACUCAGGACAAGUAGUUGCUCCAUACCCAACCAUCUUCAUCGGAGGAAAUCAUGAAGCAUCCAAUUAUCUGUGGGAACUGUACUAUGGAGGAUGGGCAGCACCUAACAUAUACUUUUUGGGGUUUUCUGGUGUUGUUAAGUUUGGAAACAUCCGAAUUGCUGGAUUGUCAGGAAUACAUAAGCAUUGGGAUUAUCACUUAGGACACUACGAGAGGCCUCCAUACACUGAAGAUACUAAACGAUCUGUUUACCAUGUAAGGCAUUAUGAUGUUCUCAAGCUCAUGCAUGUGAAGGAGCCUCUAGAUAUAUUCUUGUCCCAUGAUUGGCCUCUGGGCAUUACUGAGUAUGGAGACUGGCAGAAGCUCAUUUUAGAGAAAGUGUUCUUUGAAAAAGAGGUUAACAACAGAACAUUAGGCAGCAGACCUGCAGCUGAAUUACUGAACAAACUAAAACCACCGUACUGGUUUUCUGCCCAUCUCCACUGUAAGUUUCCUGCUAUCAUCCAGCACGGAAAGGAUGGACCUACAACGAAGUUUCUUGCGCUUGAUAAGUGCCUUCCUGGGCGCAAUUUUUUGCAGGUUGUAGACAUUCCAUCUGAGCCAGGACCAUAUGAAAUCCAGUAUGAUGAAGAAUGGCUAGCAAUAACACGAAAAUUCAACAAUGUUUUCCCCUUAACUCGGAUGCGAUUUACAAUGCGGGAUGAGCACCUUGACACUCAAGAUGACCAACAAUGGGUUAGGAGCAAGUUGAGUACUAGAGGGCCUAAGCCUUUUGAUUUUGUCCAGACUGCACCAUCUUUCAAUCCUUCCAAUCCAGUGUCUAAACCCUUUAUAACAGUUCCCUGCAGGAAUCCACAAACAGAGUCUUUUCUCCAGCUUCUGGAACUCCCAUAUCUGCUGGACUCAUCUAACUCCGAGGGGGUCAAUAGAAAUGUGUCAAGCUCUCAACCAGGAUCCACGCUUGUUGAUGAUGAUAUAGAACUACCGGAUGAAACUGAAGAUGCUGCGGAAGAUGAGUGAAUGACGGAGUCGUUGGACAAGCUCCGUUGCGUCAUCCCAGUUGCAGGGUUUGCCAGAUAUCUUUAUGAAUGGAUGGGAUGGCCUUGUCUCAGUAUAGAGAAGUCUCAACGUCUUUAGAACGAGGAACUAACGUGAACUAACUCUAGUAUCGUAGCUGCUUUUGAGUUGCGAGUAGGAGAAUGUUGUGUGGAAUCACAGGCUAGCACAUUGCAAACUUUCUUCGUGCUGAAUUGUUGGUGCCAGUCAAUGUACUUCCUCACCUA